AUGGCGUUUAGCACGCCGCACCUGGAGAUCCGGCGGCCGUCGCCGACGACGGUCGAAUUUACGGUGACGACGCAGCCACGGCGGACGGGCUGGACGGGCUGGGCGAUGUGUGUGGCGGUGGUGGUGCUGCGUCUGCUGUUGGCGGCAGGAGUGGCCGUCGCCGUCUGGGGCUGGGGGCGAUCGCAGCCAUGUCUGGGGGGAAGGGGUGGAUUGACGACGACGACGACGACGACAACGAAGCACAGCGUCGACGCACUCGUCGGUCUGCUUGCGGCGGCGGCAGCCUCGACGCCGGCCUGGCUGCUGCUGCCGCUGUGUGCUGUGGCGGCCUGGGCCAGCGUGGCGCGCGUGCACACGUCCGAGUCGCUGCUGGUGCUGCGCGGCCUCGGCAUCCAGACGCGUUCGACAGGCGCCACGUACGUGGGCGAGCUAGCGUCGGCCCUGGGGCUGGCGUGGUGGACGCUGACGUCGCCGUGGGCGCUGCUGCAGGCGGUGGUGGCAGCAGGCGGAUCAGGCGGAUCGGCUGGAUGGAUGAAUGGGCUGACAGAACACGCCCCGUGGGCUGCUUCUCUCGGCGGCGACGACUACGAGCCCAGCCCGGCGGCGGCGACGCGCUUCAUUCCGACGGCCAAGCUGCAGGACCUGCUCGUCAACGAGGCCUUUCUCGGCUUCGAGGUGCGCUACUACCUCGUCGCCGUCGUCGGCGGCACGGCCGGCACGAUGGGAUGGUGUGCCGAUGGUAGCGGUGGCGGCGGCGGAGCCGAUGGUGACGGCGAGCACUAUGCCGACAGCGCUGCUCCUUCGUCCCAGAACAGGUCCAAGAUGGGCGACAACGCCGACAGAAGAGGCGGCGACCGCGCGCAGACGGCCGACGGCGACGACGAGGACCAUGUCGUGGUCGUGUUUCCGCAACUGCUGCCCGGCCUGGACAUUGUGCGGACGGUCUGGCGAGAAGCACGAGUCUGUCUGUACGAGCCGGACGGACAGAAGAGCUGA